AUGAAUAGAAGAGAUCGCCUCCAGGUGAAAAGAAGCCCUGACUCAACACUAAACUUUGGGAUAGACGAAACAAUUAUGCUCCAAACGCCGACUCCAAAGAUGAGGGCUACCAAGAGCGUAGAGCCAGUAGAGGCACACAAGUAUGGUCAGGGAGGGAAGGGUGUAAAAGUCUAUCCCGUCUACGUAGCAAUUGGUAUUCUAUAUGUUAUACUUUUCUACAUAGCUAUCACGAGGCCAAUGAACUCCAUGAUCAUAAUGAAUCUGAUGGAAGAGAUAAGCAUAUUAAGGGAAGAAAACAGUCGAAUGAGUAAGCAGAUAGAGUCCAUGGGAUAUACAAAAGAGGUAAAUUAUGCAAAGGUUGAAGAAGGAGCAAGAAUAAGAAUUGAGAAUGUUUCACAGCUGUUUCCAUACGGGCUUCUGGGGUUCAGGAAGUACAAAGAUCCGGCCACGAUAUUUGACGAGAAUGUUAGCGUUGGGGAAUGUCUAUCAUUCAAAGGAUGCAAUUGUAAAUUUUUCAUUGAUUUUGAUAAAGAAAUUACAAUCGAUAGAGUCGGGUUCUAUCAUCCCAGGACAAAGGAUACAAGUAGUGCAAUACACGAAUUUGAGGUUUUUUGUUAUGGCUCCAAUGGGCGUCUAUCUCUGGGGGAGUUCAAGUAUGAUGUAGAUGCAUGUGGAUUCCAGACAUUUGAGCUUGAGAAGGUGAAAACCAAUUCAAUAGAGUUUGCCAUUAGGAGCAACGGAGGGAACAAAAAGUUUACAUGUAUCUACAAAGUCUAUCUUUUUGGAAAUAAAUAG